AUGUCACCAAUUCUCUUGCGAAUCCUGAGAAUAUUAUUCAUGAAGCUUCUUGGGACAACUUCGGUUUUGGUCGCUACCGGCUUUAGCAUAUCCCUCCUGCUCCUACUUGCCGUCAUAGACACUGAAAUCUUCCAGGACGACCGGUUCCGGAUGAGCAUCGACCUCGACAACGGUCAUGGGAUCUCAAGAACGUUACCAACAUUGGAUGAUAGAGUGGCGGUGAUUGGUCGACACAAACUUCAGUGGGAACAAGGCACAGAUGCAGCUGAGCAGUUUAUGAAACCCGAAUGGGAUGUGAAACAAUAUGUGGAUGUUUUUAGCCCAGGCCCAGAUUGCUCGGUUAAUCCUCUUCUCCUGUUAAUCGUCACAUCAGCACCUGAAAACAUCAAAAGGAGAACAGCCAUAAGAAACACAUGGGCACGAUACAGAGACCCUAAAGUCUUGAAUACAACACAUUUCAAGACUGUGUUUUUAAUAGGCAAAACCUCUCCUAUGUUGAAUGAACAGAUUGAAGCAGAAAGUGAAAAGCACAAGGAUAUCCUGAUAGGAGAUUAUGUUGAUAGUUAUCGGAACCUCACUUAUAAAGUCCAGCAUGGGAUUACGUGGGCAGCCGAGUCUUGCCAAUCCCAGUUUGUUCUGAAGACAGAUGACGAUUGCUUUGUCAACACUAAAAUUCUGGUGGAGUUUCUCAUGAGGUAUAAUCAUCAAACGACAAACUUGUACGUCGGCCACAAGAUGAGGAGUCAGGAGGUGGUGCGAGAUCCUGACAGCAAGUGGUACGUUUCCUGGAAGGACUACCCAAGAGAUUCUUACCCACCGUAUGCCAGCGGAAUAGGGUACCUACUCUCCUCCGAUGUGGUCCAACGGGUCGCCAGACGGACGUUGUUCCAUCACCCAUUUCCGGUCGAGGAUGCCUACAUGGGGGUCCUUGCGGAGGACUUGGGAGUCGGUCUUAGGGACACGCCUCGCUUUGCUCUCUUCAGUACCAAGUGGACCAUGUGCAACUACCUCUAUUUCUUUGUGGUCCAUGACCUGACUCCAGAGCAGCAGUAUGUUUGCCUGAGGUAUGCUGAUGAGAGCGAGAGCACCUGCCAGAAAUCCAAAGACCUGGAGCUUUGGGAAUGA